AUGAAUGGAAAUGGAGUGAAGGCGAAACACUUACCAGUGGAGAACUGUCCGGAACCUCCCUCUGUGGACAACAGCAUUCUUUUUGUAGAAGAGGCUGAAGGACCAGUUUGGUUGACUUAUUUGUGUCUCGAGGGCUACCAUCUGGAAGGGAGCACAAGCCUUUUUUGCAAUGCCUCUAAGGACUGGGAUGCCCCGCCUCCCUCAUGCCGCUUGGGCCACUGUCCCGAGCCUGUACUGUCUAAUGGUGAAUUCAUUCCCUUGGGACCUAUGCAUAUCAAUGACAUAGUCACAUUUCAGUGCAAAGACCAGUACAUCCUCAAGGGUAGCAAUUGGAGUCAAUGUCUAGAAGACCACACCUGGAAGCCUCCUUUACCUAUCUGCAAAAGUCGACACUGCGGCCCUCCUGGAAAUCUGGUUCAUGGCUAUUUUGAAGGAAAUGAUUUCAGCUUGGGAUCUAAUAUUACUUUUUAUUGUGAAAAGAAGUAUCGCUUGGUGGGCACCCAGCACCAGCAGUGUGUCGAUGGAGAGUGGAGCAGCACCCUUCCAAGAUGUGAACGACUUCCACAGACAGAGUUAGAGAAGGCCCUUUUUGCCUUUCAAGAGAGUAAAGAUUUUUGUCAAGCCAUUAAGACCUUUAUGCAAAGACUAAGCAAAAGUGGCCUCAUUAUGGAGCAAGUAAAAUAUUCUCUGCAGGUUAAAAAAGCUGAGUUGGAAAGAAAAAGGUUGCUUCAACAUUAA